AUGAACGACCAAACUCCCCCUGGCGACGGCGAAACGGAAAAUGACGUCAGCGCCGCGCGGAUAUCGCAGUCUGUGUGCUUGAUCCAGCGUGUCUAUCGCGGUUACCGUACACGGCGCGAACUACAAGGUAGGCACUUGUGCUAUGCCAAUCGCUGGAUAGAUACGCUGAGAGAGGUACAAGCACAGCAAUCCCAGAGCUCUCCCACAGUGCCUGCAAGCUCGCCAGCUGCUCAGGCCCAUCGGAAUUGGGGGCAUGCAGUCCGUGUCGCAAAGCUCGCACGUGGCGAUAGCAAUGGCCAACAGGCUUCCCCAAAGGGCAUCAAACCGAACCCGGCGACGAUAAGCAAGGCAAUGGACUUGCAAUACUUCCUCGAGAUGAUGGACCUGAAACAUCGCCACGGCAGCAAUUUGCGCAAGUAUCAUGAGUACUGGAAAUUGACAGACUCCCAUGAAAACUUCUUCUACUGGCUUGAUCACGGCGCCGGUAAGGAUAUCGAACUGCCCGCUUGUCCUCGCGCAAAGCUGGAACGUGAACAAAUACGCUACCUCUCGCGGGAGGAAAGGCUGAACUAUCUAGUCCAAGUCGAUGAAGCCGGGAGGCUUCGCUGGGCCAAAAACAACGAGCUGGUUUGGACUAGCAAUGCGCGGUACGAAGACAGCACAGACGGGAUUCUACCCCUGAGUAGUCCACGACCGAAGAGCAAGCGCGAUUCUAGUGCCACAUUCCCAUCUCACUCACGCUCACAAUCAACAUCGAGCUCCGACCUAGAUGAUCAGACCUUAGAUAUGGAUUUCAAGUCCGAAUCCCGCGUUGACGCGCCGGUGAGUCGCAGGCGCAGCAUCAUCAAGCGCCUCAAAGACAAGCUAUUUGACAAGGAUGACUGGUGGAUAUUUGUCGCCGACCCCUCAUAUCGCCUGUAUAUCGGAAUAAAGAGUCGAGGGUCCUUUCAGCACUCUUCGUUCCUGCACGGAGGUCGCAUCGCAGCCGCUGGCAUGAUCAAGGUCCGGGACGGCAAGUUGCGCGAUCUUGCUCCAUUAAGUGGCCACUAUCGCCCGCGGUCGGUGAACUUCCACGCGUUUGUUCAUGCAUUGCAGGACCAGGGGGCAGAUCUCUCGCAUGUUUCCGUCACCAAGCUGUAUGCUACUCUUGCCGGCAUGGAAGGCUAUGUCGGCACCAAACGCAGCGUGGUUCGAGCCCGAGAGAAAAUGGAACGCAAGGUAGUUAGCGCGGGGAAAGACAAAGGCCCGUUGGAAGUUGAUUUGUAA